AUGGAUAUCAUGCAACCAUUCAGUCUGACAGAUGGAAAAAAUAAGUGCUGGUUAUUGGCAAUGGUGUUUCUAACAGCAUGCAGGUUUACACGAAGUAGGGGCCCUGACCCAUUCUGGAGGCGGCAAAUGUAUUUUAGGAUGGCAUGGCGCUAUUAUGGCAGAAGUAGGAAUUGCUGGGUGCUUGCCUUGAGACGUGUACAUAAAGCAUUGAAGAAAGCAACAUUAGCUAGGCAAUUAAAGAAAAUACAAAUGAGAAAGUUAUGGGGUCAGAGGAUCAAUGCUGGAUGCUAUGAACAUGGCUGUGAGAAAGAUAUAUUUUUAGAAGGCAUUGCACAAAGUAACAUAGGACUAAACAAACAGAUGUUGGCCCAGCUUGCCAUAUAUGAGCCAAGAACAUUUAAGAGCUUAGUGGAUUUGGCCAAGAAACAACAAUUAGAGGCAGGGAUAACUCAAAAUGGACUAGUUGCUCCCUCAGGUGUCAUAACAAGAGGCAUGUUAUGAUGAUGGAUGGUCAGACUUGGGUUUAUGGUGAUUGACUGAUUGAUGGGUUCAGUUUGUAGCCUUUGGCAACAACAGAUACAUGCAGUGCUUCAACUUAAACAUAAAUGAGAUCUAGUUAUGUAGGCUAAUUAUGAAAACAAUUUGGAGCCUGAAUCCAGUACAGGGAAUGACAUUUGUAAUUCUUUUCUCUCUCACCUGAUCUUAGUAUUUCCUGGAUUCCUGGAUAUCAAUCGACUUUCUAAAGAUUGCUAUGGUAGUUUUAUAUAACACAAGUGAACCUUAGGACCUUAUUCUCAAGAAACAUCUUCCAGUCCAUAUAUUGUAUAGUAUUGUAAAGUGUUUGGUAAUGGCAUGUUAACAUUACUUGAUCUAAUCUGAGCUGUUUAAUGUUACUAUGGAUGUUCAUCUGAACACUUCCAAAAGGUAUAUACCUGCCCCAUACCUGCAUAUGUUAUUUUUAAAUAUAGUGUGCCCCUGAUUUAAGAUCUUAAAGAACUGUUCAAGCAAAUUGAUACUCAACUUUUUGGUGAAUAAAAAAAUAGUAGGCAUUUUGUACUUCAAAAUUGGCCUUUGUAGUCGAGUCAUUUGAAACCACUCUGUAAUUUAUUUCUCUGGACUUAAUUAUUCUGCCAACAUAUUUAUCAAAGAUUUCGGCUGUUGUUUGCCAAAAAAUUGGGUUUCAUUUAUGGUUUCCUAGUGUCAUUAGAAUAACAGAAAUUUUUGAUAGAUUUUCAGUUAUGUGUAUGGAAUAUUUUCAUAUAUUGUAAAAAAUAGCAAUUUCCAAAAUGAAUUGUGUGUGCAUUUGUAAAUAAUGAAAAUAAAACAUUGAAAUAUAUAAUUUGGUCUCAUCUGUUGUGGUUUAACUAGUUUUGUAGAAGUCAUGUAGCCUGCUUAAUGUUAUAAGUCACCUUAAUGUUAUUGCCAAAGUGACAAACGCAGGUUGAUCAUAUCUUUUCUCAAACCACUGAACACUGUCCACUGUCCACAAAAAAGUUGGAGACCAUAA